AUGGCUCAAAUUUUGGAAGAAAAUAGAUCCAACGCAGUUGAGAAUCACGAUAUUAAUUUUGCAUUAGAGGACAAAGAUAAACUAAAAGAAAAAAUUCCCUUACGGAUAACAAUAGAUGAAAUUUCUGAAUUAUUUUCAGCCUCCACU